AUGACUGGAGAAUUCGAUCUCUUCCCGUCCCCACCAGAGGACUACUUUCUCCGACAUCAUGACCGGCGAUGGCCUGCGUGGAGGUUUGGAAUGCGACAAGACGAGCUGUUCACCACCCUUGCCAAACGCUGCAACUCCAUAUCGCUUCCGGUUCUCGACGUCGACGCGUUCAAUCGUGAUGUCUGUGAACUCAGUGCUACUGCGCAAGACCGGGACGAAUUCCUCCAUCUACUCGAGGAGCGACGCGAUCUGAGGCAAAAGGAGCUCCUCGAGCUCUGGCAACUAUCAUUCACCCAGCUGGCAGCGUCCCCGGCCUUGCUCGCAAGCUCCGGUACGCAAUGGAAGGAUGCAGUCCAGAUUUACCAUUCCCACUCGCUCGACUCCUAUGUUCGAUUCUUUGCCAGCUUCCUUCCAGUGCAAGCCCUUUCACCGAGCUUGCCCGGGGCUGCUACUCGCGACCCGAGACUGAGCCAUCCGACCACGGAUCACCCGAGGCUAUGCAGGAUACACUGCAGGAGCCAAAAGCACCGCCACACCGCAACCGACGGACUACAAAACGGACACGUCAGGACAGAAUACUUCGGCGCAGUGCUCGAAUCCAAGAGCGCUGUGUGA